GCGCCAAUAGUCUGGACUGCCCGUCUGGUGGUCAGACAGUCUGCAAAUCGGGGAGCGAAUAGGAGGGGCGAAGGCGAGUAUUGGGGAUGCCACAGAAAUGAUCCAUUAACCCGCAUAGACCACAUCUGCGUGUAUGGAUUAACUCGCACAUUUACUUUCUCCUGAUACAAUGGCGUUUAAGGGAGUGUAGUCAUUCAUAUUUGUUGUUUUCCUCCUCAUUGAAGUUACCUAAAUAUCCCUGUUCCUAUUCACUUUACACGCGGAGCACAUGCUGAAGGAUCAGAGAUGUUCUGAAUGAAAGGAGGAUCUGGCAGCUUUUCACCAACAAUGCUGGAGAACUUGAGCGGACACCACAUUGAUCGACCUGCCCCUAGAUCAUCCACGUUCAGCUUCUCUGCACUGUUCACUCUGCCACACUACCUUCACAUGGAUGGGAGCAGUCAUCCGUUUAGGAGGACUCUUUACCGGUUGAAGUUAGUGAGUUCUCCAAAUCUGAGUCAACUGGGGAAAAAUGAAAAAGCUUCAUUGGAAGAGAGAGGAUCGGGCCCUAACGCCAUAUGGAACAGCAUUCACAAUGCAGUAAUUGCUGUCUUCCAAAAGAAAGGGUUGGCGGACAACGAACUUUAUACACUCAAUGAGGGUGUGAGGCAACUAUUGAAAACAGAGCUGGGCUCAUUUUUCACAGAAUACCUUCAGAAUCAGCUGUUAACUAAAGGCAUGGUCAUUUUACGGGACAAAAUAAGGUUUUAUGAAGGGCAAAAAUUAUUGGACUCUUUGGCCGAGACAUGGGACUUCUUCUUUUGUGAUGUUCUCACUAUGCUUCAAGCCAUCUUUCACCCUGUCCAGGGGAAGGAGCCGUCAGUGCGUCAGCUGGCUCUGCUGCACUUUCGAAACACCAUCACCCUUAACAUGAAGCUGGAAGAGGCUCUGUCCAGACCACGAGCCCGUGUCCCCCCAUCCAUCAUCCAGAUGCUGUUGGUGUUACAGGGGGUUCAUGAAUCUAAAAGUGUGAGUGAAGAAUACCUGAAGUUGGAGUCUCUCAUUCAGAAGGUUGUGUCUCCAUACCUGGGCACACAGGGAUUGCGUUCUCAUGAGUGCGGUGCCUCACAGUGCUCCUGUGUUAUUGAGAGGCGUUUGCAGUAUUGCUGGUCCAAGUCUGCAGACCUGCCCUCCAGUAACCCAGUAGUACGCUCCAAGAGUUACAACAUCCCCAUGCUGACCCCUGUGGCUGAGUAUGACUCUGAGGUCAGCUCUGUGGGCAGUGUAGGCAUCCGCCGUCACUCUGCUUGUGAUGUCACUUCCUGCUUAGAGCAGCAGGGCUAUUCCGCACUGUCUGUUGGAAUAGAGACAAGCUCAACGCCCCGGCUCUCCCUCGAUCAUGACAUCACCUUGUCUGGUGUGAUGCGAGGGCCAACGGGACAGCCCCCUCUCAUUUCACCUUCUGUCUUCAUCCACACCUCAGCUGAGUGUCUGCAUUCAGCGGACCUCCAGAUGGCUCCAUCUGAUGUGGACAAGGCCGUUUCCUCGCCCCCUAGCUGCUCAUCCAGUCCGGAGACAAUUGUGAUGCAGGGUUUGGACUCCCUGGAAUCCGAUCCCGACGGAAUAUUCAUUGACUUUUCUCAUUGUCGCUCCGAUUCUUUCGGAACCAGCAGGAAAACUAGCUGAUGUAUCAACUGCUGUGAAGAAUUCCAUUUCGUUUAAAUUAAUUUAAAAUACAGCACUUUAAGUGAUGAUAAUGAGCUACCACUAUUUUCCACUUUUAUCUGUGAACUUGUGAAGUAGCUAUGUAUGUAAGGCCAGGGCUCUUUUAUGGACAUAAAACUAAUGGGAAAGGACUCGAUUUAAAGCUAUUGGGAUUUCUUUCAUAAUGUUCCAAACCUGUGGAUGUAUUUUUGAAUUUUUCUACAUAGUUUUUCAUAGACAAUAGUGAACAUAGACAUGGAUAGAAUGUCUCCCUUUUAUUUAAUACACAUUUUUACUGUCUCUCAAUUUAUGUUUAUGUUAGUGAUCAUGUGUUUUGUGUUGACAGUAGGACUAAAUGUAAGAAACACCUAUAGAAAACUCUUUUAUUGUCACUCAUGAUCUCAUGCACUUUUUAUUGUCUUAGGGCUUUAAAAAUGAGAUAUAUUUAGUGCUUUCUAAAUCAUUGCCAACUUAACCUGUGCUCUUAAUUUGUGACAAUAGCUAAUGCGAAUAACAAAACAAUUAGUACGGAACAUUGUACAUCCUGAACAUGCUGUGUUUGUUUGUGGAGCUUGUUGCUUUUUAAAUGUGAUUGUAAUGAGCUGCCAGAGAGUUAACAGGGUUUGCUGAUUGAAGCUAAGAAUGUAAUAAAAUAUACCCGUGUUUAGUUAGUUGGAAAAAUAUUAUAGAUACAGAAAGAAGGUUUAAGAAUCCUUAUUUGAUGAAUAAGGAUGAGAUUCUAUUUGAAAUUUAACAAUGUUUUCCACAAUUGUUGCAAAUAUGCCGUCUUCAAUAAUGGUGAUUUUCAUAUAAAAAUCUAAAUUUAUAUAAUCAAUUUAAAAAAAAAAAAAUUUUUUUUUUAAAGGUUUAUUACAUUGUAAUACCCAGGUAAUGAUAAAGUGGAAAUAUUAUCUGGGACUGCUUGUAGUAGGAUACCAACUAAGAGUUAAUUUAAUGGGUUAAAACCAUUGAACAUAAAUGUAUAUUUUACAAGGCCAGGGUAUGUUGUUCAUUAAAAAAGGAUGCAUAAGAUCAAUUGUAUGAAAAGGUAACAGGAACUUUAGGAAGUUUUUUAUUAUGACUUUUGUUUCUUAUUUCUAUGAAUGGAAGCUUUUUGACCUUAGUUAUAAAGCUGAUCGGUUUCUCUGUAGUUUUCUAGAAAGAAAUUCAGCUUAUCUUGCAAAGAUUUUUACACAAGCAACAUUUUAAGAAAUGUAUAAAAGGUUUACAGUGGUACUCUUUAAUACCUUGCACUGUCAUUUUUGAAGUGUGUGCUAUGUUUCAUACUGAAUUUGUUAUAAGCGUGUAUGUGUGCUGCUGUGAAAAACCUCAACAAGACCGAAUUUGUAGUAAAGUACUUUUAU